AUGACUGCUUUCGAAGAGUUGGGAGUCAUUCCCGAAUUGGGUGAUGCAGUUUCUGAACUCGGAUGGGAACUGCCAACUCCCAUUCAAUGCGAUGCGAUUCCGGCUAUCCUUGGUGGAGGCGAUGUACUCAUAGCUGCUGAAACUGGUAGUGGUAAGACCGGAGCAUUCUCUCUACCGGUGGUUCAAAUAGUGUGGGAGAGGCGCAAAGAGGGAACGGGUGGUGGAGCGAAGUCUUCCGUUGGUUGGCGACUGAAUUUGGCGGAUCGUGCUAUGGGCUUAUCGCUAUCUCAGGAUGGGUUGUCAUGUGAAAGUCGUGUACCAAAGGCGUGGUAUGGCUCAAGGUGCAUGGGAGGCGUUCACUCAAAAGGUAAAUAUUAUUAUGAAGCUAAGAUAACGCGUGACGGCUUAUGUCGAAUCGGCUGGUCAACAUUGAAGGCGACUUUGGACUUAGGCACUGAUGACGAGAGUUUUGGUUUUGGUGGUACCGGUAAAAAGAGCACAAAGCGAAAGUUUGAGGACUAUGGCGAAUCAUUCACAACUGGUGAUGUUAUGGGAUGUUUCCUGGAUAUCGAUAAUGGGAGGAUGUGGUGGUCGAAGAAUGGCAAGGAGUUCGAAGUUGCUUUUCGAUUGGAUACAAAGUUCACCAGUCCGCAAUGUGCACUGCAUCCAGCAGUUCUGGUCCAAAACUCAUCACUCGAGCUAAACUUCGGUGCGACCCCGUUUGCUCAUCCGCCGAGAGAGGUACUACCUUUGUCUGUGACUUCGAGAAUCUAG